GUCCGCACCACACAUAUCCCCUCUUUGUAUUCCAAGCUCUGCCAUCUCACCAACACCAAUCUUCUUUGUAUCAGUAGUUUCUUUUUCUCAGGCUCAGCCAUGGACAAUUUAGCCUACUCAAUCACUUCAUCUCACGAUUGAUUCUCCGAGCUUCAAUGUCGGCCGCGGCUCUUUCUCUCCUCCCCUCCUCCUCUCCCCACCUUCUCUUCCCACCGUCUUCUUCUUCUUCUUCUUCUUCCUCUUCUUCCUCUUCGUUUGUAUUGGGCGGGACCCACUUAAGGACCCACAAGAGCUUCGUUUCUCUUCAUUCUUGGUCGCCGUCUUCUUCUUCUUCUACCACUUCGUCAUGGAAAUUCAACACGAAACGCCGCGUUGGGAUUGUUUUUGCUGCUUCUGGGGAUUACUAUGCCACUCUUGGGGUUCCCAAAUCUGCCUCUAGCAAGGAAAUCAAAACCGCUUAUCGAAGGCUUGCUCGCCAGUACCACCCUGAUGUAAACAAGCAACCAGGAGCAACUGAAAAGUUUAAAGAGAUAAGUGCUGCAUAUGAGGUGCUAUCAGAUGAUAAGAAGCGAGCUUUAUAUGAUCAAUAUGGUGAAGCUGGCGUUAAGAGCACUGUAGGGGGAUCUUCAAGUGCCUAUACGACUAAUCCUUUUGAUUUAUUUGAGACAUUUUUUGGGCCGAGUAUGGGUGGAUUUGGUGGUAUGGAUGCUGGUUUUGGAACACGUCGUCGUAGUACUGUUACUAAGGGUGAAGAUAUACGUUAUGACAUCACUUUAGAAUUUUCUGAGGCUAUAUUUGGAGUGGAAAAAGAAUUUGAACUUUCCCAUCUGGAAAUAUGUGAAGUUUGCACUGGGACUGGCGGGAAAAUAGGUUCCAAAAUGAGGAUUUGUUCUACUUGUGGUGGGAGGGGUCAAGUUAUGAGAACAGAACAGACACCUUUUGGCUUGUUUUCGCAGGUUUCUGUAUGUCCAAAUUGUGGUGGAGACGGGGAAGUCAUUUCUGAAUACUUUCGGAAGUGCUCUGGUGAAGGGCGUGUUCGUGUUAAGAAAAAUAUUAAAGUUAAAGUUCCUCCUGGUGUUAGCACUGGAAGCAUUCUGAGGGUUGCUAGAGAGGGAGACGCUGGGCCAAGAGGGGGCCCUCCUGGGGAUCUUUAUGUAUAUCUUGAUGUCGAAGAAAUGGAAGGAAUUCAAAGAGAUGGCAUAAAUCUCUCCUCAACAGUUUCUAUCUGCUAUCUGGAUGCCAUAUUGGGGGCUGUUGUUAAGGUAAAUACAGUCGAAGGGAUUGCGACACUACAAAUCCCACCAGGUACCCAACCUGGCGACAUUCUUGUCCUGGCUAAAAAAGGAGUACCAAAGCUAAACAAACCAUCAAUACGUGGUGACCACAUAUUUACGAUUAAAGUAACAAUACCAAAUCGUAUCAGUGCCAAUGAGCGGGAACUGCUUGAAGAGCUUGCUUUACUGAAUAAUACUACCACCAGACGUUCACGCACUCGCCCUAAAAUGCAGCCAGCUACAAAUAAUAUAGAACCUGAGGUGGGAACAGUUGAGGAGAAAACAGAUGAAGGAGAAGAUCAAAAUGACCCAUGGAAGAAGUUAAAAGACUUUGCUGGGUCUGUGGCAAACGGUGCUCUAAAAUGGCUGAGAGACAACCUCUAGUCUGGUGUGUUUAUGAGGUCCACUCCAAACUUAGUCACCGUUGACCAAAAUUUGGCUCUAGAUUUUUCCUCUUUCUUCCAGAAAGGGUACUGGAUGGGCGGUGCCGUCAAACAUUUCUGACGCCUUACCAAACUUGCCAGCAAGUGAAGACAUUGAAUGUGCGGUAGCGGAGGUUUUAUUUGGUCUACUUGUAAUUUAACAUUUGUGAGAUGCUACAGAAUCACCUGGUAGAUGCAUUUACUGAUUUAUAUCAUUGAAGCAGCUGGUUAGAGGGGCACAUGAAUAUUUGAUUUUUUAGUUAAUGUACCUCAUUUUCAGAGCAGUUUAUUGAAUUUCUUGUGAUAGUUAUUUGUUGUUGGAGUAUUACAAUUAGUUGGUGAGGCUUUUUGUAAGCGUACCAUUGGGCUCUUUCUGAGAAAAGUACAGAUGACUUCAAAUCAAUUAUUAUCACGAUUUUGUUUUCA